UGUAAAAAUAAGUAAAUAUUUAACAGUAUGAAUAGACUUUCCAGUAUAAAGCAACUGGCAAAACUAAGUCUGUGUAGUCUCUCGGACAAUGGAUCAGCAUCUACAAGUUUUUAGAUAUCUUUACGGCGUAGUCCAUGUCGUUCAUUACACUGAAUUGGUUAUAGGCCACUGAGUUUUGUGUAUCUGCUUUUGACUGACAAACAAUAGAGUCGGUGAGCACUGUUGCUUUCAGAGGAGGGGUGGUGAGAAAGCCCAGUUUGAACUACUGCAUGGGCGCUCUAUGCUACGCUGGCUCAUAUCAAUGGAUAGCACGAACCCGGGACAAACUUUUUCUGUUGACUUUAUAGGUGUUCUUGACCGAUCAGGUGUAUGCAAUGCGUUGUAAACCAUGGAAUUACAAAUGCUUUGGCUAUGGAUAGGGUUUGUAUCUCACUUUCCAGUGACUGCAUGUUUGGAUCUGCACGUUUCUGACACAUUGCCGUCUGGAGUAGUGCUAGGAAAUAUAUCUCUUGGACCGGGCUGGAUAUACGAUAUAGAUAGGACUUUAACUCCUAAAUACGUGAGACACAUUUUAGAUAUUGAGAGACAACGUGGAAUUUUAUAUUUCUCAGGAAAAGUUAACUGUGCGCAGUUCCCGAAGAACCCAGCUCCGCUUUACAUACAGGUUAAAUCAAUUACCUCGAAAAACGUUAUUUUAAUUCACUUCAAUACUUUUGUGCAUGGACAAAAUUGUUUCAUUAAAUAUAGAAGAAAGAGCACCGAAGGUAAGCCUGAGAUUUACAUGAAACUUUUCGCAGAAUUACACAAAUCUCCAUGCGUCUCGACGAGUAAUUUGCUUUUAAACAUUUAUGAACAUUUACCACAAUUUACUCGAAAACCACACUCCUAUUUUUUAUCGUGUAAGGGAGCUAACUGGAAAGUAUUUUUUGAUAAAGGGAGUUUUUAUCCAAAUUGUAUGCAACUCAAUGUGCAAAACGAGUUUGAUUUAUUCUGCAGAGUGCAGAAUCUAUGGAAUUACACCACUGUCCAUGUGAAAUUGCAUUUUAAUUUUCAACAUAAUCAUGCCAUUUUUACAGACAGUCAUUUGGGGACACAGGAUACAUGGACCAAACGCAAAAAAAGAAAUGUGAAUACCGCUCCCCAGUUUGAACUGCCCAACUAUCAGGUGUCUGUCCCGGAGAACGAACCCGCGGGAACUCGCGUAAUUACGCUCAAGGCACUGGACACUGACGAUGGAGACGCUGGUGAAGUAGACUACGAGAUGGAAGCCCUGUUCGAUAGCAGGUCCAAUGAUUAUUUUCAAAUUAACUCGCAUACGGGCAGCAUCACAACUCUGCAGCCUUUGGACAGGGAGGUCAAGGAUACACAUGUAUUCAAGGUUAUUGCUACAGACAAGGGCAGACCUAAAAGGUCAGCCACUGCUUACCUCACUGUCACCAUAAGUGACACUAAUGAUCACGGGCCUGUUUUUGAGCAGACAGAGUAUAGGGUCAGCCUCAGGGAGAACGUGGAGGUAGGCUUCGAGGUAUUGACUAUUAGGGCCACCGAUGGGGAUGCCCCUUCGAAUGCCAACAUGAUAUAUAAGAUUGUUAAUGAAGAGGGAGAUAACGCUGCUUUUGAAAUUGACCCCAGGAAUGGCCUAGUGAAGAUCAGGGUUCGGCCUGACAGGGAAACCAUGACCCAGUAUCAGCUGAUAGUGGAGGCUAAUGAUCAGGGUAAAGAGCCAGGGCCCCGCAGUGCCACAGUUACAGUGUACAUCUCUGUGGAGGACGAGAAUGAUAACUAUCCCCAGUUUAGUGAGAAGAGGUAUGUGGUCCAAGUGCUGGAGAGUGUGGCGGUGAACACCAAAGUGGCCCAGGUUAAAGCCACAGACCAAGAUGAGGGCAACAACGCUAAAGUCCACUACAGCCUCAUCAGUGGCAACGUGAAGGGCCAGUUCUACAUCCACUCCCCGACAGGUGUCAUUGACCUCAUCAACCCCUUAGAUUAUGAGAUGAUCCGGGAAUAUACUUUGCGGGUAAAGGCGCAGGAUGGCGGGCGACCACCUCUGAUUAAUGGCACAGGGAUGGUUGUGGUGCAAGUUGUUGAUGUCAAUGAUAACGCCCCUAUGUUUGUUAGCACCCCUUUCCAAGCCACUGUAUUGGAAAAUGUGGCCAUUGGUUAUUCUGUGAUCCAUAUCCAGGCCAUUGAUGCGGACUCCGGUGAUAACUCUCAUUUGGAGUACAGACUAACUGACAUGGCUCCAGGCUUCCCCUUCACCAUCAAUAACAGCACAGGGUGGAUUACUGUCAGUGAAGAGCUUGACAGAGAGACCACCGACUUUUACAAGUUUGGCGUAGAAGCAGUGGAUCAUGGGAUUCCUGCCAUGUCAUCUUCUGCCAGUGUCGCUGUCACAGUGGUUGAUGUCAACGACAACGUCCCCACGUUCACGCAGAGGUUGUACAGCCUGAAAAUGAAUGAGGACGCCGCGGUGGGUACCAGCGUACUGGCUCUCUCUGCCAUAGACCGUGACGCCAACAGUGUGGUAACGUACCAGAUCUCCAGCGGCAAUACUCGGAACAGGUUUGCCAUCACCAGUCAGACGGCUGCCGGAGUCAUCACCCUGGCACUUCCGCUGGACUACAAGCAAGAGCGCCAGUACGUCCUGACGGUGACCGCCUCGGACGGCACACGCCACGACGCGGCGCAGGUCGUCAUCAAUGUCACCGAUGCCAACACCCACCGGCCGGUGUUCCAGAGCUCCAACUACCAGGUGAUGAUCAGCGAGGACCGGCCUGUGGGCUCCACCGUGGUGGUCAUCAGUGCCACGGACGAGGACACGGGGGAGAAUGCGCGCAUCAGCUAUGUGAUGGAGGACAAUGUGCCCCAGUUCAAAAUCAACCCGGACACGGGCACCAUCACCACGCAGAUCGAAAUUGACUAUGAGGAUCAGGCCUCCUACACGCUAGCCAUCAUCGCCCGCGACAACGGCAUCCCCCAGAAAUCAGACACCACCUAUGUGGAGAUCAUCGUUCUGGAUGCUAAUGAUAACGUGCCUCAGUUCCUCAGGGACAUUUACCAGGGGACGGUAUUUGAGGAUGCACCCGUUUACACCAGCGUACUCCAGAUUUCCGCAUCUGACAGGGACUCCGGGUCUAAUGGGCGGCUUAGUUACUCCUUCCAGGGUGGGGAUGAUGGAGAGGGGGACUUCUUCAUCGAACCCUACUCGGGCAUCAUCCGAACAGCCAGGAAACUGGACAGGGAGAAUGUUCCUGUGUACAACUUGAAGGCCUUUGCUAUGGAUAGAGGGGUACCGCCCCUCAAGGCCGCAGUGGACAUCCAGGUUUCCGUCCUGGACAUCAAUGACAACGCUCCUGUGUUUGAAAAGGACGAGCUGUAUGUCUAUGUGGCGGAAAACAGUCCUGUGGGUUCCACUGUAGCCCGCAUUACAGCAACUGACCCGGAUGAGGGAACCAAUGCACAAAUCCUCUUCCAAAUUGUGGAAGGGAAUGCCCCAGAGGUCUUUCAACUUGACAUCUUCAGCGGGGAUCUUAUUGCCCUCACAGAUUUAGACUACGAGGCCAAGAUGGAGUACACCAUCGUGGUCCAGGCAACCUCUGCGCCAUUGGUCAGCCGAGCCGUAGUUCAUAUCCGCCUGUUGGACAUCAAUGAUAAUGACCCUGUCCUACGCGACUUUGAGAUCAUCUUCAACAACUACAUCACCAACCGGUCCAACAGCUUUCCUGCCGGGGCCAUCGGGAAGGUUCCGGCCCAGGAUCCGGAUGUGUCAGAUAAGCUCCAUUACAGUUUUGUGGAGGGUAACGAGCUGAGCCUACUAAUACUGAACCAGGACACAGGAGAAUUGAGGCUGAGCAGAGACCUGGACAACAACCGGCCCCUUGAGGCCACCAUGAAGAUAUCUGUUACAGAUGGUGUCCACCACGUAACAGCCCUCUGCACUCUGCGCGUUACCAUCAUCACAGACGACAUGCUGACUAACAGCAUCACGGUGCGCCUAGAGAACAUGUCCCAGGAACGCUUCCUAUCCCCACUGCUAACACUCUUCAUGGAGGGCGUGGCUGCCGUUCUGUCUACCAGCCGUGACGGCGUCUUCGUCUUCAACAUCCAAAAUGACACCCACGUCCAGGGGGGCAUCCUAAAUGUCACCUUCUCUGCCUUGCGCCCCUCUGGUGGGAAUGAACUCGGGGGGUCUCGGGGCACCAUCCCCCCUGGACGAUUUUUCCCUUCUGAGGCCCUGCAGGAGCAGAUUUACCUGAACCGAACUCUGCUCACGUUGGUAUCCAGCCAGCGUGUGUUGCCCUUCGACGAUAACAUCUGCCUCCGUGAGCCCUGUGAGAACUACAUGAAGUGUGUGUCGGUCCUGAGGUUUGACAGUUCGGCACCCUUUGUGUCAUCUGACACGGUGCUGUUCAGGCCUAUUCACCCGGUGACAGGGCUACGUUGCCGAUGCCCAGCAGGCUUCACGGGGGACUACUGCGAGACGGAGAUUGAUCUGUGCUACUCCGGGCCGUGCCAGAACAACGGCAAGUGCCGAAGUAGGGAAGGCGGGUACACCUGCGACUGUCCAGAGAACUUCACAGGUGAGCACUGCGAGGUGAACUCCCACUCCGGACGCUGCGUCCCAGGGGUGUGUAAGAACGGUGCCAGGUGCGUGGACCUCCUCAUAGGGGGCUUCAUGUGCCAGUGCCCCCCCGGGGAGUACCAGAAGCCCUACUGUGAGAUGAGCACCCGGAGCUUCCCUGGACAGUCCUUCAUCACCUUCAGAGGGUUACGGCAGAGGUUCCACUUCACUGUGUCCUUCAUGUUCGCCACCCGGGACACCAAUGCCUUGCUGCUUUACAAUGGAAGAUUUAACGAGAAGCACGAUUUUAUUGCCUUGGAGAUCAUCAAAGAACAAAUCCAGCUCACCUUCUCGGCUGGAGAAGACAAAACCACAGUAUCACCCUUUGUCCUAGGUGGGGUGAGUGAUGGCCAGUGGCAUAGGUUACUGCUACACUACUACAACAAGCCCAACAUUGGUCGCCUUGGCAUCCCCCAUGGGCCAUCGGGUGAGAAGGUGGCUGUUGUCUCUGUGGAUGACUGCGACAUCGCCAUGGCAAUUCACUUUGGUGGCCAGAUCGGGAACUACUCUUGUGCUGCCCAAGGCACGCAGACAGGACAGAAGAAGUCCCUGGACCUCACCGGACCACUACUUCUGGGUGGUGUUCCCAACCUGCCAGAGGAUUUCCCCGUCCAGAAUCGAGACUUUGUGGGCUGUAUGAGAGACCUGACUAUUGACAGCGAGCUUGUGGACAUGGCCAGUUAUGUAGCCAACAACGGUACUGCGGCAGGUUGUACAGCAAAGAAGGACUUCUGCACUAAAAGUGUGUGUCUGAAUGGAGGAGUAUGUGUGAACAAAUGGAGCACCUACUCGUGUGACUGUCCCCUGGGCUAUGGAGGGAAGAACUGUGAACAAGUCAUGCCGUCGCCCCAGCAGUUCGAUGGCCACGCCCUGGUGUGGUGGCGCGAGCCGGAGGUCACCAUCGGCGUGCCCUGGUACGUGGGCCUUAUGUUCCGGACCAGGCAGAGCUCUGGCACCCUGCUGCAGGCCAACGCCGGGGACUUCUCGAAGAUACACAUCCUGCUCAGUGGCAGACACGUACGAUUCCAGGUGUUCCUGGGAGUGAGGCGGGUGGCCCUGCUGGACUUCCCUCAGGUGAGGGUGAGUGACGGGGCGUGGCACCACGUCCUGGUGGAGCUGAAGAGCAUCAAAGACGGCAAGGACAUCAAAUACAUGGCCCUAGUGUCACUUGACUACGGCAUGUUUCAGAGGUCAGUGGAGAUCGGGAACGAGCUGCCAGGCCUGAGGCUCAGGAGUCUGUUUCUGGGGGGGCUGAUGAAGAAAGACGGGACGGUCCAGAACGGACUAAAGGGUUGCAUGCAGGGCGUACGGAUGGGCGAGACGUCCACCAACCUGGCCAACGUCAACAUGCGCGAGGGUCAGAGGAUCCGGGUGGAGGAGGGCUGCCAAGUGGCUAACCCCUGCGCCACUAACGUGUGCCCCGAGCACAGCCGCUGCACCGACGACUGGAGCGCACACUCAUGCGUUUGCCGUCCCGGGCACUUUGGUAGGGACUGCGUGGACGCGUGUCUGCUGAACCCCUGUCAGCACGUCUCCACCUGCGUGCGUCGGCCCAGCUCCCCCCACGGCUAUGGCUGCCAGUGUGGCCCCAGCUCCUAUGGAGAGUACUGCCAGAACCAAGCCAACCUACCGUGUGCUCGCGGCUGGUGGGGGAACCCCAUCUGUGGUCCGUGUAACUGUGAUGUCAGCAAAGGGUUCUACCGAGACUGUAACAAGACCACUGGGGAGUGUCGCUGUAAGGAUAACUACUACAGGCCCGAGGGAGGGGACACAUGUUACCCCUGCGAGUGUUUCCAGCUCGGCUCCACGUCGCGCUCCUGUCACCCCGUCACAGGCCAGUGCCAGUGCAGGACGGGAGUGAUCGGGCGCCAGUGUAAUGGCUGUGACAAUCCUUUCGCUGAGGUCACCUCCAGCGGGUGCAUGGUUGUAUAUGAGGGCUGUCCCAAGGCCUUUGAUGGUGGGAUUUGGUGGCCAAAGACCCAGUUUGGACAGCCUGCUGCCAUGAAGUGUCAAAAAGGAUCCAUUGGCACAGCCAUCCGCCACUGCAGCGACGAGAACGCCUGGCUGCCUCCCGAUCUCUUCAACUGCACCUCGCUCACCUUCUCUCAGCUGAAAAAAGAGGACGAGGAACUGCAUCUCAACAGCUCCAGGAUGGACGGCGAGAGGUCAAAGGCCCUGGCCAGCAUGCUGCGGAGCGCUACCAACCGCACGGCCUCCCUCCAGGGCAGUGACGUGAAGACGGCGUAUAGCGUCCUGACACGACUGCUGCAGUAUGAGAGCCAGCAGCUGGGCUUCGACAUGGCCGCCACAAGGGACAUCCACUUCCAUGAGAACAUCGUCCGAGCGUGCAGCGCCAUCUUGGACCCUGCCAACAGGAGACACUGGGAGCAGAUCCAGCAUUCCGAAGGUGGCACGGCGCUGCUGCUGCACAGCUUUGAGGAGUAUGCCCACACCUUGGCCCAGAACAUGAGGAAGACCUACCUGAAUCCAUUCACCGUUGUCACGGACAACAUGAUGGUCUCUGUGGUGCAUUUGGACCCGUCCAAGCCAGAACAGACACAAAUUCCAAGUUCUCAAGGUUUCCUGUCCAAUCCCAAAGAGAUUGAAGCCUCAGUACGCUUCCCAGAUUUCCUGACAGAAAAGGAGCAGUCAGAGGAGGUUAAAGCGUUCUCAAUGGCACCGGCCAAAGACACAACGCCCACCGACGUACCAACAGCAAUAGCCAGGGCCACGGGCGACUCUGUAACGGGGGCCCCUGGAGCCCCUCCUCUCCAGACAGAGUCCGCUGAGCCCUCCAACGCGGGACACCGUGCGUCCCCCAAGAGGAGGCGUCACGCUGAAAUCCCAGGCCCUCUCCCUGUUGCCGUGGUGAUCAUCUAUCGUACCCUGGGGCAGCUCCUGCCCGAGAACUAUGACGCCGAUCGCCGGAGCCUGAGACUUCCCAUGAGGCCCGUCAUCAACAGCCCUAUUGUGAGCACUGUGGUUUACAAUGAGGGUCUGCCUUUGACCACCCAUCCGUCGCAACCCGUCAUACUGGACUACAAACUGCUGGAGACAGAGGAGAGGACCAAACCUGUCUGUGUCUACUGGAAUCACUCCAUCUCGGUUCGUGGGACGGGAGGAUGGUCUGCCAGGGGUUGUGACCUGGUCUUCAGGAACAGCAGCCACAUCAGCUGCCGAUGCAAUCACAUGUCCAGCUUUGCGGUGCUCAUGGACAUCUCCAAGAGAGAGCAUGGAGAGGUCCUUCCCCUGAAGAUCAUCACAUACACCACAGUGUCUGCCUCGUUGGUAGCCCUCCUCAUCACCUUCCUCCUGCUAGCCAUACUCCGAAUGCUCCGAUCCAAUCUCCACAGCAUCCACAAGAACCUGGUGGCAUCUAUCUUCCUCUCAGAGCUCAUCUUCAUCUUCGGGAUCAACCAGACUGGGAAUCCGUUCCUGUGUACGGUCGUAGCCCUGCUGCUGCACUACUCCUACAUGUGUACGUUUGCCUGGAUGUUCGUGGAGGGCCUUCACAUCUAUCGCAUGCUGACCGACAUUCGCAACGUCAACCACGGUCACAUGAGGUUCUACUACGCCAUCGGCUGGGGCGUUCCCGCAGUUAUCACCGGCCUUGCGGUUGGGUUGGACCCUCAGGGCUAUGGGAACCUAGACUUCUGUUGGCUGUCUGUCCACGACACACUCAUCUGGAGUAUCGCCGGCCCUAUUGCUGUUGUGGUACUGGUCAACAUUGCCUUGUUCUUCCUGGCCGCCAAGGCCUCAUGCGGAAAGAGGCAGUUGACGUUCGAGAAGUCUGGAGCGAUCUGUUCUCUGCGCGUGGCCUCCCUCCUCCUGUUGCUCCUCAGCGCCACCUGGCUCCUGGGACUCAUGGCUGUCAACAGUGACAUCCUCUCCUUCCACUACCUCUUUGCCGUUUUCAGCUGCCUUCAGGGCGUGUGCAUCUUCUUUUUCCACUGUAUUUUCAACAAGGAGGUGAGGACUAACCUGAAGAACGUCCUCACGGGGAAGAAGCCACUAGCGGGGGAUUCCACUGCCAACCGCGCCACUCUGCUCACGCGCUCUCUAAACGGGAAGCCCCCGCGUCCAGAGGAGGACGGUCUAUACCGCACCGCCUUCGGGGAGUCCACCGUCUCUCUGGACGGCGCCGUCAGGUCAGCCCGGAGCCACAGCCUCGGCAGCAGCCAGGCCAGGAACGACUCGACCCGGAAGCGCGCCGCAUCCUCCAGCUCGGCCAGAAAGAGUUCCCGGGGGGACGGAGACUCAUCCGUCUCGUUGCGCAAGCACUCCAGGAGAGACGAUUCGGACUCAGAUAGCGAGCUCUCAGUGGACGGGCGCAGUGGCUCCUACGCCUCCUCCCGCUCCUCAGACAGUGAGGACGGCGGAGGGAGCCACAGGCAUAGAUGGAACAACGAGAGACAGCCCCAGCACAGCACACACAAAGUGGAUACAGUGGCCAAUCAAGUGAAGCUUCACUUGCCAGUGGAGCCUCCGACAGCGAGCGAGAGCGAGGAGCCCCGAGGGAUGGAGACGCUGCGCGUGGAAACCAAAGUCAACGUGGAGCUCCAUCAGGACAAAAAUCCCUCCCGGAGCGACAGCGCGCCUCCCAGCUCACCUGACAGCAACCUGACAGAGAAGCGACGGGGCAUUCUGAAGAACAAGAUCACAUAUCCUCCACCGCUUGCCGAUAAGAACAUGAAGAACCGCCUGCGGGAGAAACUGAGUGACUAUGAGCCCCGCACAAUCUCCCACAGGGUUACUCCGGUCCCUGCCUCCCCCCGUCUGCGCCCUGCAACUGGGGGCAAUGGUGUCCUCGUCAAACCCCCGCCCCGGCUGCACACACCGCAGCGCCCCACGUCGUCUCCGUGGGACCCAUGCAAUGGGGUUGCCAUGACAGCGCCGAGGGCUACGAUGUCGCCAUUGGUUAACGGCAUCCAGGACCCCUCGGAUUCAGACGGGAGCAACGAAACAUCAAUCUGACCUGGGUGGAGUACCAGGGAGAAAAACCUGCCUCCGUGGGGGAUAGGUUGACUGCGCCCUUGCCAUAUGUGGGGUUCAAAGGUCACAGUAACCCAUUCCAGCAGGCCUCAGGACUCCUAAGCUCAUAUUGAGAACAUUGUUACUGUUGACAAUUACCUGCCGGAGAUCAAAAGGAUAAGUGCCAGACUCAGGCGCCUAAGAACUUCUACUCCCAGCAUGCAGCAGUGAGUCGAAAACAAAAACAUAAAGCACCUCCUGGCACCACCGCCAAAUGCCUCUGUCUGACAUUCACUGCAGGUGUCUUCCGACAGCAAGCUGGGAAUGAAUACUUUUCUAUGACCAGAUGUGCCAUGAUGUGACAACAUUGACCAUAUGUCCAACUGCCCACAAAGUCAGAAACGUCCAAAAACCAAUACAUUAUUUUGUCUUUGUAAUUUCCUUGUAGAUAUUUUUAAUUGUUUUCUUUUUUUACAUGUUUAUAGGAAAGGUUAAACGAAUGUGUAAAUUGUAAGUAGUAUUAUUGUACCACGAUCCUUUUCGACAUUACUUGUACAUAUGACAGUUAACAACCUUUGUUUUCUUGAAAUAUUUUCAACUCUUUUGUGAUCGUUAGCUUUCUGAAGCUUCUGUGCAUGUGGAGAUUACAUUCUGGUCAUGUGUUUUUACACGCAGGUUCUGCUCUACUUGUAGAGAACAUGUUACUCUGGCCAAUUGUGCAUUUUGAACAGUUAGAUCAUAACUGAAUCAAUGUCUGCAUGAUAAAAUAUUAUGAUCACAGUAUUUAAAAUAACUGAAUAUAAAUAUAAAAUAGUAUAACAUUGAUUAUUAUAAUAAAUACCAGCACAUUGAAUUUGUCAACGAUAAUUCGCAGUUUCACAGACUAAACGCCCAUGUGGUUUCAUUUUACAUAGUAACCAUUUGAUCUCAAAUAGAUUAAUUGGGAACUGCAUAUAGCAUCAACACACUGGGAGCUAAUGUUUUGUUACUGUAGCAUGGCCUGCAGUUUAUGAAAAAUGUCAGCAAAUACUGCAAGUUUAAAGAGAGAAACAUAAUAGUGUUGUUUUUCUCUUACAUUAAUCUUCCAUUAUCUUUUAUUUCGUAAAAUGCUGUGAGCAUUACUGAUUGAUUUAUCAGACAUUACAUUUUAAAACUCUACAUUUUAGAUUGAUCUUUAAUUGAAUAAUGAAGCUACAUUUUCAUGAAGCCUGUUCUCUGGGAGCAGAUAAUACGUAAUGCGUGAUCGACAUACUCCAGAAGCUUAAGAAAGUUUCAUAUCUGCGAAUGCAAAAUUUCGUGUAAGUUGCUCCCAAUAUGCUCUGCUUCAAAUAUGAAUGUGAUUUCCAAGCAUUAAGACACAAUCAUUCUAGGGUAAAGAUAGAAAGGUUGACAUAGUAAUUAUAACAUAGGGACGAGUAUUCAUCUCCGAAUUAAAUGCAGGCUCAUCGAAAUUAUAUUGCGUCACGCAGCACUGCCCAUAAUUGACUUGAGCGAGAUGCAGGACAGGUCACACGGUACCUGCGCGUGUACGCGGGUUCGCUUCACGCUGUUUUAGCGUAGGAGUCACAGGACCAAAACAGCUGAGAAGUUGAGCAUUUGUUCUUCCGCAGUCUUAGUUGCGGGAAUUGACACACCACGCUGUUAUUUUCUGCACCAUGUGAUUGUGCCGAGCCUACCUAUAAUGUGAAGGACCGUAAAGGCACCGAGCUCACAAGGUCUCAUUAGAGCUCCGUGACGUAGAGCACUUACUGUUCGGCCGGUUCAGUCGGCUAACUUUGGUGUCCUGAUUCUUAAGUCAUUGGUGUUAUACAGUGUUAUUUCCAAGUAAGCAGUAUUCAUUUUAAGUAACAUCAGUGUGCCUUUCUCCGUUCCACUACAGUAUGGUGUCCGAAUCCAAGGAAACUCUUUUACUUGUUCCUUGUGCGUUCAUUCCCCAUGUUGGGUUUUCAUUAGAUCUGCAGCUGUAUGAUUAUUGUUUAAUAAUCAUGUCACACAUAUGUGAUGUUUACAGACAGGUCGUGUCUUUACACAGUCCUUAUUGUGUCGUAGAACCUGGAAACAUUAUUGCUGUGAACAUUUAUUUAUUUUUGCAAAAAGACACUGGAAAUUAGAGUUUAGUAACCAGCAAAAUAAACCAGAUUUGGAUUUUUCUAUGACUUU